AUGGACUCCAGUACUAACUCAUCUGUCACUGCUCAGGUGAAUCCGGUGCCAGAAUAUGUCAUAAAGAACCAUGAGCUUUUUAUUUUGAAAACCACAUUAUCAAUACUCAAUAACCCUGAAUUACUCUCCGGCAGACUUGACAAGCCACCAACAAAGCAACUUGUACUACCUUCGUUCACCAUUAAGGAAAGGUUAUCAGACAACAAUGACUCUUAUGUUUUGGGAAAGGGUGAUCAAAAUGGGGAAACGAAGGUUGAUAAACAAGGACGGUUACAUGGAGAAAGGCAUUACUUGUUUCCUACUUUCACUUAUCCAUGUGCGGAAAACAAUAAUUCGGAAAAUUUGUACGUCUUAGUACGGGAUUUGAUUAGAGUCUUGAAUCUAGAUGUGGAACAACAAGAGUUUUUGGCUCAGCAUCCAGACCUUUACCCAAUUAAUGCAAAACAUGAUAUUAUCGAAUUUUUGACCCAGUAUAAACUUUUACCUGAAGGUGCUACUGCUGCAACAUAUAUCACAGCUAGAUCUGCUUUUCUUGUCUUUGGAGCUGCUAUACUAGCAUCCGGAUCAAGAGUGAUAGAUGAUUACUGGGAACAACUAUCCAAAGAACAGGGCUUCCAAGCGCAGCACAGAGUAUACGCACUCUCUCAAAAACUUCUCGACAUGGUAUGUUCGAUCGAUCCAAGGACUAGAACAGCACAUUCUUUAGGUCCACCUGAGCUUCCUGAAUCGAAGCAAGCACAAGCGGGCGUUAUGUCCACAUCACAACCGCAAUUCGAAGACCCGUUUUCAACCAUUACGGAACUACCGCCUUUAGAAGCACGUAAAGAGUUCUUAAGUAAUAUUGCUCAUGGUGAGCAAACUGCAAUCAUAUCGGGUCAAACUAUACAUGGAGCAAUCGAGUUGAGUACUAUUUACAAAAUUCCAAAAUACCACUAUAAGAAUUCCUUCGCCGCUGCUCAACAACACAAUGUUCUAGAUUCCCCGAUUGGAACGCACACCCACCCGGUAGAAUCUCAUAACUUUGGUAGAGGACGUAAAGCUAACUAUGUUCCCCCGGAGGAGACAGAUGUGUUGGCUCAAAUUCCUGGAUGGAAAUUUACGCAGCUACCAGUUACAACAAAUGAUGAGUUACCUACAACUUUCAGUGCUGGAGGGUUACCGAUAUAUAAUAAGGCGAGACUUCCUGCAAGGUUAAAACUAUUGACGCCAAACCAAAUAAAAGAUUUAGAACGAUCCCAUGAUGUUGUUCAUUUGAAUACAGCUCUUGGCCAUGUCCGAAAGUUAAGAAACACCCGUUGGACUAAAUUUUGGCAGUAUAAGGCCGGUGCACCUGUUGGCCUUACGGAGGAUCAACUUUCGUAUUACAAAGAGCAAUAUCUACAGCAAGUUUUGAACCAUGUUGAUGUGAGCAUUGUGCCAAACGAAACGAAGAAUGUAGAUGAAAAGCGUACCGUUAAGCGAGUACCGAAUCCAAAUUUUUUGGGAUACUCCAAUGUGUCAGGGUUUAGGCCACCUUAUGUUGAAAAACCUUAG